AUGCUAGAUUCUGCAAAAAUGGACACUGUAUAUCAGAUAUCCCUACUAUCAUUGUAUGUCUUCUGUCUUACAGCUCCAUUAUAUUAUGCAAUUGUGUUGACAAACGUACCACCUGCUGCUUUUACACACAAGAAAGAUGCUUCUCCACAGAUUUCAAUGUUUGAUUUUUCAAGACAAAUCAUAACAAACACCGUUGCAUAUAUACUAAUAAAAAGUUCAUCGAAUAAGAAAUUUACCAUCAUGAUUAUUAUAUUUGGACAUAUAGCUCCAACUUUAAAUUUUUGCUUAAAAAUAAAAGGAGAUCGUAAAGUAGUCAUACUGAUCAAACUAGAAGAAUAA